AAUGACUCAUAAUGUCAAUAAGUUGGCAGAAAAUCUUAAGGUAAAUGGCCAAUCCUUAGUUGACACUGGUUGGUUAGUUUGAUCCGUCCCAGUCACGGGUGCGAGACGGUUGAGAUGGAUUGAUCACACAUAUACCAUGAGAGCUGAGUAAAAGAUUAAAACUCAAGGGAAAAAAAUGUCAUCUGCGGACACUGGUGGACAAGAUAAAAUACCUGUGUUAAAACGAUCACCAGGGGGCAGUAAAAAACAGUACCAGUUCCGUCAUAGUGACUCGGAAACAGAUUCAGAUGGGGAAAGUGAAGACAAUUCUUCUGCCAUUGGAGGAACUACCAAUGGCAACCGAGGAACUGACAGCUCUUCUGCACCUGCGAACAAGCUGACCCCAGGUAAAGGUCGCAGUAAAGGUCGAAAGUCAAGGUCACAGAGAAAUGAAUGGGAAAUUGUGGAGGGAUUAAGAGACGGACAGAAGUUUGAAAAAGCCCCAGACAAAUAUGAAGGAUACUUGUCAAAAAGGAAAAGAUGGCCGAUGAAAGGAUGGCAUAAGAGAUACUUCAUGUUGGAGAAAGGAAUACUAUACUAUGGAAAGUCACCUAGUGAUAUACAGAAAGGGAAGUACCACGGUGUGAUAGAUAUAGGACUGUCUGUUUUAGCAUUCAAACGUAACCGACACAGGAUUGACAUUGAUGCCGAGGAACUUGUCUAUCAUAUCAAGAUAAAACGACAGUUGUUUGAUGAUUGGUUGUCAAGGUUACGGAACCACCGUCUCUAUCGGCAGCAUGAAAUCGCAUAUGGAACAAAAGAAUCUCCGAAACUUACUGAAAUUUCAGCACCUAUGCAAGCUAUGGAAGACUUAUCCACCCUAACUGCAAACAUGAAUCUGGCAGAGAAGGCUCGGGAUAGCUCACUUCACAGGGAGUUGUCACGGCAUCCAAGUUUGAAGGGUCAAGACAGGGUGGCUACGUGGUUAUUGGACACACAGGGAUUUGAGCACUGCAAUAAAGCCCUUGCACAGGCACAGAAUUUGUUGUACGAGUUACACAAAGACAUGGAAGAGAUCAGGGAGUUACCUGUUAACACAGAAACUGUAUUUGAUCUCAAUGAUAGCGACUCAAAUGACAAAAAGAAAAACCGAAGUUUUGGAGGUCGAGUCAUGAGAAGGAGAGAUCAUAAACGUAAUGCCAGUCUACAAGAGUCUGAACCAAUAUCUAAUAAUAGUAAACAGAACAAUUCUCAACCUGCCACGCCACAGAUCUGUGUGACACCUCCAAGUUUUAAGAUCGCCAAAGAUCAGUUACGAUCAAGUGCGUCAAACCCAAACCUACACGUAGAAGACCGACCUCGUCCGUCCAGCGCUCCCAUGCAGCUGUCUCCACAACAUGCCGCAAGAAUUGAAGAGAUAAAACUCAAGGAGAGCUUCAUGACAAAAGCAGACCAAAUGCAUGACACAUUGCGGAUGUUGUUACAUUCCAUGGCAACGGAGCGUGAUCGCUUGAAACAGACGGUAGAUAUGGACAAUGUAACUAUGACAACAGGGUCAGCACUCGGGGCAUCACAUUCUUCUGCAGCUGUCACAUCAUUGAAACAGACGCUAGCUGAGGUAUGCCAUCAGAACAAAAUGUUGAAGGCACGUCUGGCUAAAAUUCAUGGAGAAUCAUCACUGGCAGAUUUACACUUGUCAAGUCCACCUAGUAGUCCAGUGGAACACAGGGUAAGUCAGUCAGUAAGUCAGAGUUCACAUUGUAGCCCAGUGGAACACAGGAUGCCUCGGUUGACACAGUCAUUCUCUGCAGAAAGUUGUUCUAUGUCGGAGUACUAUGAUGCAGUGGAGGAAAAUAAUGCUGAAUCUCUGAGUGACUCCUCUUCUGAGAGAUCUGAUGAGGAGAUUUCCAGUGACAUCAGUGAUGACAACGAUACAGAAAUGAGUAUAGCACAUAGUGCAUCAGAAGACAACAUCCUGACAAAAUUCCAGACUGGUCGCCGAUCGAAACUUCCUGUUCCUAAACCAGACAAGGGUGAUGUGUCAUUGUGGAAUUUACUUUUCCGAAAUAUUGGCAAAGAUCUGACAAAAAUCUCAAUGCCUGUAACAUUGAAUGAACCUUUAAGCAUGCUACAGCGUCUUUGUGAAGAACUUGAAUACAGUGAUCUGAUUGAUAAAGCCACUGAAUACAACGAUCCUUAUGAGAGAAUGAUCUAUAUAGCAGCCUUUGCAGUGAGUAGCUAUGCAAGCUCGUGUUACAGGGUGGGCCAUAAACCCUUCAAUCCUCUACUUGGUGAAACCUACGAAAACAUACGAGAAGAUCGAGGCUGGAGAUUUGUCUCUGAACAGGUGAGCCAUCAUCCACCAAUAUCAGCAUGCUACUGUGAUUCUAAACAUUUCAAGUUGUGGCAAGAUGUGCAAAUAAAGACAAAGUUUUGGGGCAAGUCUAUGGAGAUACAGCCACUUGGUGUUGUAAAUGUUGUUUUGCCAAAAUUUAAAGAUCAUUACAGAUGGAAUAAAGUGACGACCUGUGUCCAUAAUAUACUGGGAGGUCAGCGCUGGGUUGACCAGUUCGGAGAAAUGACCAUUACAAAUGGAAAUAUUGUGUGUAAACUGACAUUCACAAAGGCGAGUCACUACUACCAGUCUGAUAAGAGACAUGAGGUUUAUGGCACUAUCCUCAACCCUGAAGGAAAAGUUGUUCACAAUCUGUUUGGUAGAUGGAAUGAGGCCCUGUACUGUGGCCACGCCCCCUCAGCUAGGUGUAUAUGGAGGCCAGGUACAAUGCCUGAAGACUACGAGAUGUACUACGGCUUUUCACGAUUUGCUAUGGAACUGAACGAGACUUUACCUGACGAGGCUUCAGUUCUUGCGCCAACAGAUUCUAGAUUUAGACCAGACCAGAGAUUGUUGGAAGAGGGGAAAAUAAGUGAGGCAGAGCAUGAGAAGUCGAGGGUGGAGGGCUUGCAGAGAGAACGGAGAAAGAAGAGGGAGGCAGCAAAAGAGGAGUAUCGGCCUAUAUGGUUUAAGAAAGACAUUGUGAAAGGAAAAGAAUACUAUUCUUAUGACAACAGAUACUGGGAGUGUCGAAAGGAGCCAGGGUUUAUGAAAAUGACUCUACCAAAGAUCUGGUGAUCAAACUUGUGUUCAUAUAGUGCCUAGAUAAUAUUAGGUUAAAUAAUGUACUAUAAGGUGUUCUGUAAAAUUAUCUCUACAGCUGGACCAAUGGUUAUAAAACUGAGUUAGGAGACCAGUCUCAAAGUUCUAGCAACUGACUGGUUGAUUUUGAGCUCAAUCAUGACAUUGACCAACGACAAGUCUGUAUUUUGAGACUGGUUUUCAAAUUUUGUUGUAUAACCUUGAAAACUGUAUAAUCUGCAUUGCUACUUACCUAUACAGGAUAUUUAAUGCAGAUUCUAUUAAUUAUAGAUGAUCUAAGAAUUUUGUAGUGUUUUUUUCUUUCCUUGGCAAAUCAGGUAACUCUUUUGGGGGUCAUAAUAUAAUAAGAAGCAAUUAAGAUAUUUAUAUUUUGCAACUUAGCCUGAUAUUUAUGUACUAUAAUUUUUAAAACAAUAAUAUUUAAUACAAUGGCUUCUGUUUCCAAUGUGGAUUUUAAAACUGAUUUUCUGUUAUGAAAUAGCAAUAAUUAAAACAGUUUGGAUGAAUACAUGUACAAAUUAUUGAUAACACUUUUUAGUGGUGUAGAACCAUCUAUCUCAUUGUUUGUUUUAUCGCGAAAUCAAGAAUGAAAUUGACGUCAUUAACCUUUAGCCUGUGGCAAGUGAUUCUGCCUUUGCGACCAGUGCAGACCAAGAUCAGCCUGCACAUCUGUGCACUGUUCGCUAUUCAGUCAGUAAAUUUUCAGUGAACACCCUUUGAAUAAUAAAUGGUAUUGCCCAAAUUCAAUGAUGGACCAGACCAUUUUAGAAGUUUAGCAGGCUAAAGGUUAAAGAUGCACGCCUCCAGAUUUAUGUCAAAGUUUUCAUAUUUUUGAAAAUGCUUUCAUCAGUAAUUACAAUAGACAGAAAUUUUAAAGUGAUUCAGUUCAUGUCAGGAACUUAGAAGUACACUCUUAGUCAAUGUAACAGCUUGAAAACUCAAAAAAGCACAAGUCACACAUAAAAAAAGAAUUUAGCUUUAUCACAUAUAUGAUGUUGUUGGAGUGAAAUAAAAAGCCAUUACAUUAAUUUGAUAUUUCGCUACUAUGGUAAAGCUUUGACAUUGACAUCAUUUUAAGUAUAGUACACAUUGGUCCAAUUGACUUGAUCUAUAAUACGUAAAGAAAGAAGAAAUUUUGAUCUUUCAGUAGGAAAAGGCGUUUCUCUAUAAACUGCAAUUUUUAAUCUCUUGAGUCAAAAACAGAAUAUUUUGGUGCUUUUUUGACACAUUUUAAUGGUUUUGCAGACUGUUACAUUGGAACAGUAGUGAUUCAUAGGCAGAAAAAAUGUUCGUGAAAAUUAAUUAGCAAUUUCUUUGCUACAUUUUAUUUUAACUCUUAUCAUUACAUGGUUAAAGUAUUUUGUUGUUUUAUAUAGAAAUGGCAACAGGGCUAUGGGAGUUGUAAGGCUUAAAAUUAUAGUCCCCUUUUUA